AUCAAAGAAGUCCUUGAGAACCCUCAUUUACUGACAGUUAUCAAAAUAGAAGAAGCUGGAGAUGAAAUUGUGAGCAAUGCCAUUUCUUUUGCCCUGUACAAAGCUUUCAGCACCAAUGAACACGACAGAGAUAACUGGAACGGGCAGCUGAAGCUGCUUCUGGAGUGGAACCAAUUGGACCUGGCCAGUGAUGAGAUCUUCACCAAUGAUCGAAACUGGGAGUCUGCUGACCUACAGGAUGUCAUGUUCACAGCCCUAGUGAAAGACAGGCCCAAAUUUGUCCGUCUCUUCCUGGAAAAUGGCUUGAAUCUGAGAAAGUUCCUUACCACAGAGGUCCUUAGAGAGCUGUACACAAACAACUUCAGCAGCCUGGUGUUCAAGAAUCUGCAGAUCGCAAAGAACUCCUAUAACGAUGCACUCCUCACAUUUGCAUGGAAGAUGGUUGAAGACUUCCGAAGAGGUCUCAAAAGAGAUGACAAAAAUAGCAAGGAUGAGACAGAGAUAGAUCUUUCAGAUGAGUGUCCUAUCACAAGGCACCCGUUGCAAGCUCUGUUUAUUUGGUCAGUUCUUCAGAACAAGAAAGAGUUGUCUAAAGUCAUUUGGGAACAAACCAGAGGUUGCACUUUGGCAGCCCUCGGGGCCAGUAAGCUCCUGAAAAGCAUGGCGAAGGUGAAGAAUGAUAUAAAUGCUGCUGGUGAGUCUGAGGAACUUGCUAAUGAGUAUGAGACAAGAGCAGUAGAGCUAUUCACUGAGUGCUACAGCAAUGAUGAAGAUCUAGCUGAGCAGCUGCUGACCUAUUCCUGUGAAGCCUGGGGAGGGAGCAAUUGUUUGGAACUAGCAGUGGAAGCUAAAGACCAGCAGUUCAUUGCACAGCCAGGGGUGCAGAAUUUCCUUUCCAAGCAGUGGUAUGGAGAGAUUUCAAGAGAUACUAAGAAUUGGAAGAUUAUACUGUGUCUGUUCUUUUUCCCUUUAAUAGGCUGCGGUUUCAUCUCAUUCAGGAAAAAGCCUGUGGAGAAGAGUAAGAAACUCUUCUUGUAUUAUGUGUCUUUCUUCACCUCCCCCUUUGUGGUCUUCUCCUGGAAUGUCAUCUUCUACAUCGCUUUCCUGUUGCUCUUCGCCUACGUGUUGCUGAUGGAUUUCCAGAAGGAGCCUACCAUCCUGGAGAUGAUCCUUUACGUGCUGGUCUUCAUUCUGCUUUGUGAUGAAGUGAGACAAUGGUACAUGAAUGGCAGUAAGUAUUUCUCAGAUCUGUGGAACGUUAUGGAUACGCUAGCAAUCUUCUACUUCAUAGCAGGGAUUGUGUUCAGGCUUCACUCAUCUGAUGAAAGUUCUUGGUAUUCUGGGAGAGUCAUUUUCUGUUUGGACUACAUAGUUUUUACUCUGAGGCUGAUCCAUAUUUUCACCGUUAGCAGGAAUCUAGGACCCAAAAUUAUUAUGCUGCAGAGGAUGAUGAUAGAUGUCUUCUUCUUCCUCUUCCUCUUUGCUGUGUGGAUGGUGGCCUUUGGUGUGGCCAGGCAAGGCAUCCUGAGGAAGAAUGAGCACCGCUGGGAGUGGAUAUUUCGAUCUGUCAUCUACGAGCCAUACCUGGCUAUGUUUGGCCAGUACCCUGAUGAUGUUGAUGGUACCACCUACAACUUUGACCGCUGCACCUUUUCUGGGAAUGAGUCCAAGCCCUUGUGCGUGGAGCUGGAUGCCAACAACCAACCCCGCUUCCCAGAGUGGAUUACCAUUCCCCUUGUCUGCAUUUACAUGCUCUCAACUAACAUCCUUCUUGUGAACCUGCUUGUGGCCAUGUUUGG